GGUGACACAAAGCGAAUCCAAGAUGGCGGAGGCGGGCGCGGGGAGCCCGCACGGGGGGGACGCGGCGGCUCCGGGGCCGCCCGAGGAGCAGGAGCUGAGCCGGCGCCUCCGCCGCCUUUACCCGGCCGUCAACCAGGAGGAGACGCCGCUGCCGCGCUCCUGGAGUCCCAAGGACAAGUACAACUACAUCGGCCUCUCACAGGGCAACCUGCGCGUCCACUACAAAGGUCAUGGUAAGAAUCACAAAGACGCCGCCUCGGUCAGGGCCACGCAUCCCAUCCCUGCAGCUUGUGGCAUUUAUUACUUCGAAGUGAAGAUUGUCAGUAAAGGCAGAGAUGGGUAUAUGGGAAUAGGACUUUCUGCUCAAGGUGUCAACAUGAACAGGCUUCCUGGAUGGGAUAAGCAUUCUUAUGGGUACCACGGUGAUGAUGGGCACUCCUUCUGUUCCUCGGGGACAGGACAACCCUAUGGCCCUACGUUCACAACUGGAGAUGUCAUCGGUUGCUGUGUCAACCUCAUCAACAAUACCUGCUUCUACACAAAAAAUGGCCACAGUUUAGGUAUAGCCUUUACAGACCUCCCUUCAAACCUGUACCCUACGGUGGGCCUCCAGACUCCAGGAGAGAUAGUGGAUGCCAACUUUGGGCAGCAGCCAUUUGUGUUUGACAUCGAGGACUACAUGAGGGAGUGGAGAGCAAAGAUUCAGAGCACCAUUAAGCGGUUUCCCAUAGGAGACAGGCUAGGCGAGUGGCAAGCCAUGCUGCAGAAUAUGGUUUCUUCAUAUUUGGUUCAUCAUGGGUACUGUUCAACAGCAACUGCCUUCGCCAGGGUCACAGACACUGCAAUCCAGGAAGAACAGACCUCAAUAAGGAACAGACAAAGAAUACAGAAGCUAGUAUUAGCAGGCCGAGUUGGAGAGGCUAUAGAAGCCACCCAGCAGCUCUAUCCUGGCCUCCUAGAACAUAACCCCAACCUGCUCUUCAUGUUAAAGUGUCGGCAGUUUGUGGAGAUGGUGAAUGGGACAGACAGUGAAGUCCGUUGUUUCAGUGCACACAGCCCCAGAUCCCAGGACAGUUACCCUGGGUCCCCCAGCUUAAGUCCCAGACACGGAUCCAGCAACUCACAUGUUCAUAGUACUGGAGCAGAUAGCCCUACCUGUAGCAAUGGAGUCAUGUCCACAAAAAGCAAACAGAGCCACAGUAAAUACCCAACACUGAGUUCAUCUUCGUCAUCUUCCUCCUCCUCCUCCCCCUCAUCUGUGAACUACUCAGAGUCCAAUUCUACAGAUUCUACCAAAUCUCAGCAGCACAGUAGUACGAGUAACCAAGAAACCAGCGACAGCGAGAUGGAAAUGGAGGCUGAGCACUACCCCAAUGGAGUCCUGGAAAAUUCAUCCACCAGGAUAAUGAAUGGCACCUACAAACACGAAGAGAUCCUGCAGACAGAUGAAUCCAGCAUGGAAGACAGCUGUCCCCAGAGGCAGCUCUGCGGAGGGAACCACGCAGCCACCGAGCGAAUGAUCCAGUUUGGACGGGAGCUGCAGAUGCUGAGUGAACAGCUGUGCAGAGAAUAUGGGAAGAAUACAGUGCACAAAAAGAUGCUUCAGGAUGCAUUUAGCUUGUUAGCUUACUCAGACCCUUGGAACUGCCCUGUCGGUCAACAGCUGGACCCAAUCCAGAGGGAACCUGUGUGUGCUGCUCUUAAUAGUGCUAUUUUGGAAUCUCAGAACCUGCCAAAGCAGCCCCCGCUGAUGCUUGCCCUGGGCCAGGCCUCGGAGUGUUUGCGACUCAUGGCUCGUGUGGGCUUGGGCUCCUGUUCCUUUGCCAGAGUAGACGACUAUUUGCACUAGCCACCAGAGCAGGAUGGAGCUGACAUCGUCGAGUGCUGCCCUUCACCCUCCGUUGCUGCCACUACAACGCCACCUCGUCUGUAGCCUGAGCUCCCACCAACACCCCCUCUAGCACACACACACUGCCUGUGACAGGAUCUGUUCCCUCACCACGUGGCCAUUCCUGACCCAGGAGUGACUGGCAGACCUGACCUGUCUCCCCGCCACCGCUGCGGCUCCGGCGGCACUCAGUAUUUCGCUGGUUAUUCUAAUGUAGCGCCUUCCAAUGUAGGGAUUUCUCUUUGUUUUGAUUUGAGUUGUUUCUCAUGGAUCCACCAGUAUUUUAUCUGGAGAGUUUUGCUGAGCUGGUUUCUGCUGAUUCACGGAGGAAGCUCGUGAAGUUGGUGACGCCUUGUUCUCUUCUUCCCUCCCUCCUCCAUCCGUGCACACGCAACAUCAUCUUCUGUGCUAGCUACCUGAACUCUUCUCGCAGUGGCAGUUCAGAGGGGUUAUUAUUAUUAUUUUUUUUAAUUUUAUUUGAAUCCUGUUUAUUAAAAAGGUCUCUUCCACCUCCACAAA